AUGUGUUUUUCAUUUCAGGGAAGGUUGACAUUCAGUGAUGUGGCCAUCGAGUUCUCUCAAGAGGAGUGGAAGUGCCUGGACCCUGCUCAGAGAGCUUUAUACAGGGAUGUGAUGUUGAAAAACUAUAGGAACCUGGUCUCCUUGGGAAUCUCUCUUUCUAAAAUGAAUAUUGUCUCCAUGUUGGAGCACCUUAUUUUCUGUGUAAAUUUGAAAAAUAAGCCUAUUGGAAAUCAGAAUAAAUUAACCUUUUGGUCCCAUUUGGCUGAAAUGCAGGAACUUCAGACUGAAAGAAAAAUUUACGAAUGUCAUCUGGUUGAGAAGUCUAUCCACAAUGGUUUCUCGAGUACUCACACUGGAGAGAAACCAUAUAAAUAUAAUGAGUGUGGCAAAGUCUUUAUUGUGCAUUCAAGCCUAACUAACCAUCAGGCAAUUCAUACCGGAGAGAAACCAUACAAAUGUGAUCUACGUGACAAAGUCUUCAGUCAAAAUUCACACCUUUAAAUCCAUCAGAAAAUUCAUACAAGAGAGAAACCUUACAAAUGUCAUGAGUGUGGCAAAGCCUUUAGCAUGCAUUCAAGCCUAACUUACCACCGAGUAAUCCAUACUGGAGAAAAACCUUACAAAUGUAAUGAAUGUGGUAAGAUCUUUAGUCAGAAUUCUUACCUUGAAAGUCAUCAUAGAGUUCAUACUGUAAAGAAACCUUACAAAUGUGAUGUAUGUGGCAGGGUCUUCAGUCAAAAUUCACACCUUGUGAAUCAUUGGCGAAUUCAUACUGGAGAGAAACCGUAUAAAUGUCAUGCGUUUGACAAAGCCUUUGGUGUGUGUUCAAGCCUAACUAAACAUCAGGUCAUCCAUACUGGAGAUAGACUUUACGAAUGUAAUGAAUGUGGUAAGGCUUUUAGCAGGUGUUCACAUCUUAGGCUUCAUGAGAAAAUCCCUACUGGAGAGAAGCCAUACAGAUGUAUUGACUGUGGCAAGGACUUUAGACAAUGGUUUGACCGCAGCGUUCACCAAAUAAUUCAUUCUGGAGAGAAACCUUACACAUGUUAUAAUUGUGGUAAGGCUUUUACUUGGAGCUCACAUCUCACUCAUCAUCAGAUUGUUCAUACUGGAGAGAACUUUACAAGUGUAUUACAUGUGGCAAGACUUUCAAGCAUGGUCCUAAAAUCAGGAUUCACCACAUAA